CCCUCCGGACUCCGGAGGAGGAGGAGGCAGGGAAGGGAAGGGACCCGAGCCCACUCACCCCCUGCCGGCCGGAAGGGCGGCCGGGGUAGUCCACCCAUUGCGGCGGCGGUGGCGCGGGGAGGUGGGGGGCGAGAUGGACGACCUGAAGCAGAUCCUGGCGCGGCCGAUCCAGCUGGCGGAGCAGGUGAUCAAGUGGUCGGACGAGGCGUACACGUUCCGGCAGGAGUGCAUGGAGCUCAAGGCCAAGGUGGAGCGCCUCGCGGGGCUGCUCCGGCAGGCGGCGCGGGCGGACCUCUACGAGCGCCCCGCGCGCCGCAUCUUCGACGACACGGAGAAGGCGCUCGACAAGGCCAUGGCGCUCGUCGACAAGUGCCGCGCCCACGGCGUCGUCCGCCGCGUCUUCACCAUCAUCCCCGCGGGCUCCUUCAAGAAGAUGGCCUACCAGCUCGACAACUCCAUCGGCGACCUCUCCUGGCUCCUCCGCGUCUCCUCCUCCGCCUCCGACGACGACGACUUCGACGCCCACAUUGGCCUGCCCCCCAUCGCCCAGAACGAGCCCAUCCUCUUCCUCAUCUGGGAGCAGAUCGCCGUGCUCUACACCGGCAACCUCGACGCCCGCGCCGACGCCGCCGCCAGCCUCGUCUCCCUCGCGCGCGACAAUGACAGGUACUCCAAGCUCAUCAUAGAGGAGGAUGGCGUCCCACCGCUUCUCAGGUUGGUCAAGGAGGGCAAACUCGAGGGACAGGAGAACGCCGCGCUCGCCAUCGGCCUCCUCGGCCGCGACCCGGAGUGCGUCGAGCAGAUGGUCCACGCCGGGGCGUGCACGGCCUUCGCCAAGGUGCUCAAGGAGGGCCCCAUGAAGGUGCAGGCCAUGGUGGCCUGGGCCGUCUCGGAGUUGGCCGCGAACCAUCCAAAGUGCCAGGACGCCUUCGCGCAGCACAACGUGAUCCGGUUUCUCGUCGGACACCUCGCCUUCGAGACGGUGCAGGAGCACUCCAAGUACGCCGUGACAUCGUCCAAGAUGUCCCUACAUUCCGUGGUAAUGGACAAGAAGAACAGCACCCGUAGGGCGUUCGUCCCGGACUUGAUGGACGCAGGGCACCCGAAUGGACACCUUUCACAGAGCAAGAACGAGAUGCAGCAUUUGGUGCAGUCCACCAUGGUCGCGAAGCCUAAUGGGAGCAGUGUUAAGGGCAUAGGCAGUAAUGGUGGCGUCGUCUCAUCGAAGCAGCAUAAUUCAUCAUUGUCAGGAACGACUACAAAGGGCCGGGAGUUUGAGGACCCUGAGACAAAGGCAUAUAUGAAGGCAAAUGCUGCAAAGGCAUUGUGGCAUCUCGCCAAGGGCAAUGCAGCUAUCUGUAAGAGCAUCACCGAGUCAAGGGCGCUGCUCUGCUUCGCGGUGCUACUUGAGAAAGGUGAAGGUGAUGUGCAGUACAAUUCUGCUAUGGCUCUUAUGGAGAUCUGCAGUGUUGCUGAGCAGAAUUCCGACCUGAGACGUUCAGCAUUUAAGCCAACUUCUCCUGCUGCCCGUGCUGUUGUUGACCAACUCUUACGUGUUGUAGACAAGGCUGAGUAUGAUGAUCUCCUUAUUCCCUGCAUUAUCUCAUUAGGCUGCCUGUCCAGAACCUUCCGUGCAACUGAGACUCGGAUCAUUGGGCCAUUGGUGAAGCUUCUUGAUGAGAGGGAAGCUGAUGUCUCUCGGGAGGCAGCACUUUCCCUCACCAAGUUUGCAUGCACAGAGAAUUACCUGCAUGUUGAUCACUCUAAAGCUAUCAUCAGUGCGGGUGGUGCAAAGCACCUUGUUCAGCUCGUUUAUUUCAGUGAGCAGGUGGUUCAGCUUGCAGCACUCACCCUUGUAUGUUACAUUGCACACAAUGUCCCAGAUAGCGAGGAGUUGGCGCAAGCAGAGAUCCUCACGGUGCUUGAAUGGGCCUCGAAACAGGCAUUCAUGAUCCAAGAUCAGCUAAUUGAGAACUUGUUGCCAGAAGCGAAGAUCAGAUUGGAACUGUACCAGUCCAGAGGUGCAAAGGGCUAUCAUUAGAUCACUUUGUGUUGUUUGAAGGCUUGAAAGAAGAAUAUAAACAUGUUCUUCUUUACAAUGGCCAAGUUCUGUACAUAAAUCGGGUGGCUUCUAUUUAUACUCUGGUUAAACCUUUUUUUAUCCCCGACAUAGGUAAGAAAAAGCUGUUCAAGUUACAUGUUUGGUUGGGUUUCUCAUGCUGAGAGGGAAUUUUGCUUCAGGUGUCCUGGGGGGUUUGUAGGCGUUGAUGGUCACAACUUGAGUUGCUCUUGUUGGUGGUAUAGUUUUGGGAGAUUAGCAUCUUGUACUCUCUUUGGCCUAUGUAUCGUGUAUAUUACAUUUUGCGUCUCUAUAAUAGAAAAUUUCUUUACUUCCAAGGUUUCUCUUGUGUGUGCGCGAACAAGUGUGCAGCAUCACUGUUAGACUGUUUUUGCUGCUCUAUUGAUGACUGUCCGACUGUGCACUUCACCAAUUUUUCGUUCAUGCUUGAGAUACAAUUACAUGUCAGUCUUUUCACUAGUCAACUUCAAUAGAGGCUAACCUUGUACUGAAAAAAAGUGUCCAAGGCACUUGCUUUGAUCUUAUAAUCUUUGCAGCUAGUAUAUCAUUCUUCUUUGCAGCAAAUCUGUAGUAGCGUAUCAUUAAUUUCUGUAUACACUAUGUCUGAGGCAGAUCUGAUUUCUAUGACUUUUGGGUCUGUAUUCAGCAGCCAUCCUUUGAUAUUAAUUGAUGCAUAUGUUGGAAUACUUUACUUAGGAAAUGUAAAUUAACUGUUUCCUUUUUGUUUUCGUGGUUGUGAGUAAAAUGAGUUGUGCUUUCCAAGUUAUCAAUAUACAUCACCGCAACAGCAGUUUGUUUCAUAAUUUCGAUGUGGAUGUAACCUGG